AUACUCCUUUCUAUACUUUUUAAAGUCAGUUCAUUUUAAACAUGUUGAAACUGCAAACAAAAUAAUAUUUGUACCGCUAACUAAUACUGUAAUGCGAGUAUUGCAGAGAACGAUUAUUGCAAAAUAAGAACAUGUCUGGCAGAGCUAAGGGAGGCAAAGGACUUGGCAAAGGGGGUGCUAAGCGUCAUCGCAAAGUGCUCCAUGAUAACAUCCAGGGAAUCACCAAGCCUGCUAUUCACCGCCUGGCCCGCCGUGGAGGAGUAAAGCGAAUCUCCGGCCUGAUCUAUGAGGAGACACGCGGGGUGUUGAAGGUGUUCCUGGAGAAUGUGAUCCGGGAUGCAGUCACCUACACUGAGCACACCAAGAGAAAGACCGUCACCGCCAUGGAUAUGGUGUAUGCUCUGAAACGCCAGGGUCGCACUCGUUACGGAUUUGGAGGGUAA